AUGGUUAUCGUGGAAACCCCCAAAGACCGUAAGGCUGAGGCCGCGGCAUCGCCUGCCCUGCCGGACUAUGUCACUUCCCCGAACGCUGUGUUUGGCGACGAGGGCGUCCAGUGGCGAUAUGGCAGAGCGCCCGAUUACACAAAGACACGGAGGGUCUGGAGAGAAGGCAAGAAGAUGAACCACGCUGCUGGCAGCUUGCCGGAGCUGGUCGAGAACCUGGUCAAGAACUGGGAGGUUGAAGCGUCCUUCAAGACAAGACUUCAGGACUGGAGGACUGUCGACCACGAGAAGUACACAUUCUCAGUCAACGGCGGAGCAGCGCAGUCAGGCGAGCACAUGCUUAAGGUCGGCACCUACAACGCCGUCAUCUCGCCCAAUGAGUACUACAGCCCCGACUACUCAGACUUCGCGUCCAGCCACAAGACCUUCAAGCGGAUGAUGCCUACUUUCGCUUGGGAAGUGCUCGAGGUGUAUAGCGGUCCGCCUGUUGUUGCCUUCAAGUGGCGCCAUUGGGGCGUCAUGAAGAACGACUACGUGGGUUUUAAUAACAAAGGGGAAAAGGUGACCGCAAAGGCGCAUGGAGGACCAAUCGACAUCCAGGGUGUCACGAUUGCGCGGGUGGACGAGAAGCUUCGGCUCCAGGCGGUAGACACCCAGUUCGAUUCCUUGCAGAUGUUUCAACAAAUUGCGCCCAACGGCGUUGUGAGGAAAGAUCCCAUCGGUAAGACUGUCGAUCCUGAGACCAGGUUCGACGAGGCUAUUGCCGCAGAGGUGAAGAUGACCGCCAAGGAGCUCAGCGACCUUCAUGUUGGAGCGUCGGGCAAUGCUUCGGGAUGUCCUAUGAUGAAUAGAGAAUAA